UUGGGCGAUGUCGGCGGCCGUGGAGCGGCGCCUGGCUCAGUUCCGUGCAGCCCGCGGUAACGCUGCGGCCGCUCCGCGCCCCGCGGACCCGCCGGGAGUAUCCGCGGCUCCAGAGCCCGCCGAGGGACCGCGGGCCGCGGUGGGCCCGGGCGGCGAUGCCGCUCAGGUCUGUCCCGCCCCGACGGCUCCGGUGUGGGCGCGCCCGCUGCUGCUGAAGGUGCUUCUCUGGGCCGUGCUGCUGGCGCUGUUCGCCGAGCUGGAGCUGGGGCUGCCCUACUUCGUCCUCUCCCUGCUCUACUGGAUGUACGCCGGCACCCGCGGCCCCGCCGAGCGGCGGCCCGGCGAGCUCAGCGCCUACUCCGUGUUCAACCCCGGCUGCGCCGCCAUCGCCGGGACGCUGACGGCCGAGCAGCUGGAGCGGGAGCUGCACUACCGGCCCGCCGCGGGCAGGUAGCGGCCGGCCCGGCGGGGACAGCCGCAGUGCUGGGCCGGCCCCACCGCCGCCCCACGGACCCGAGGAAGGGCCGGCCGGGGAGGAGACGGGGGUUGUCUCUAUGCAAAACGCCUUCCGAGCCUUACUGCUGGCCCCGAGCCCCCCGCCGCCCCCCGGUCCCGAAUAAAGCCGUAGCAAAGGCCGCGCUCUAGUCUGGUUUCCUGGGGGCCGGGCAGCUGCUGCGGCCGCUGUCGGGCGGCCCCGAGAGGCACGGCCUUGUCACAGCUGUGGCUGCCAGCGUGUCAGCUGGCGCAUUUCAGCUCCACAGGAGCUUUGCCGCAGCUUUUGACUACACGUUGACAGAAUGGUCCAACCGCUGCUCUUCGCAGUGCUGGCUGGAACCCUCUGUCUGAAGAAAAGACACGAAGAAGCACUGUCCAUGUAUCUAAAAUAGUCUGCAGUUUCAGUUUGCACUCAUGCCUUUGAUCUAACACAAACAUCUGAUUAUCAUGCAGAGUCCCCAUUUGCUUCAUAUUAGUUCUCAUCAAUUGUAACAUAAGCAAAAAACCUCCAACUUAUUCCUGGCUGGUGUACUUUUAUGAUACACCACUCUUCUUAAUAUACAGAUCAUUACAUUAAACCAAAUCUGCCCAGCAAAGUGGAAGAGUCACCAUCCCUGAAGUGUUCAGAAAACAGGUGAGAACACUUAAGAACAUGUUUUAGCGGUGAUUGUUGUGGUGGUGCUAGGUGGACAGCUGGACUUGA